UAGCGGAAUAUCCGUGGAGGGAUGCGCGGAGACUAAACCGAGACAAAAACUGAAACGCAGAUCCGGCUGCCGCUAUGACAGAUAGUGCCGCCAAUUGUUUAUUAUUAUUCCAAUUCCAUUUCAGGAACUAUACUGAUUCUACUUCUAUUGCUCUCACUCCGAACCUCCGUUCCAGAACAUCAACGCACCUCCGCCUCCAACUCCGACGCUCCUCUUCUCCGGUAGUUUCUCUUCCGUCUCGCUCUCGCUCCGCCGCCUUUCGCUGCUCUUCUUCUCUCUCCUCAGUCUCAGAUAUGGAUGCCUCCGGGGGUCAGAGUGUCUAUCCUCUGCACAGAUGUAAAACGAUCCACCUGGUGAGGCAUGCUCAGGGAUUUCACAAUGUAGAAGGAGAAAAGGACCACAAUGCAUACCUCUUUCGACACCUUUUUGAUGCAAAUCUUACCCCUCUUGGUUGGCAGCAGGUGGAUAAUCUACGCAAACAUGUUAACUCAUCCGGUCUUUCUAAGAGGGUCGAAUUGGUUGUCACUUCCCCUUUGUUGAGGACUAUACAAACAGCAGUUGGUGUCUUUGGGGGAGAAGGCCUUGCUGAUGACAUACAAGGUCUUCCGUUAAUGGUGACAAAUGCUGGAAACAGUAGUCGACCUGCAAUUUCAAGUCUAAAUUGCCCUCCAUUCCUGGCAAUGGAGUUGUGCCGAGAACAUAUAGGGGUUCAUUGGUGUGAUAAAAGAAGAAACAUCAGCGAGUAUAAGCCUCAAUUUCCAGCAAUUGAUUUCUCAUUGAUUGAACAUGAUGAUGACUUUCUGUGGAAGGAGGACAUCAGGGAGACAGAUGAAGAAAUUGCUACAAGGGGGAUGAAGUUUUUAAACUGGUUGUUGACACGGAAGGAGAAAGAAAUUGCAGUUGUUACUCACAGUGGAUUCUUAAUUCAUACUCUAAAACAAUUUGGAAAUGACUGCAAUCCAAAUGUGAAGAAUGAAAUUUGCACACCAUUUAAAAAUUGUGAACUUCGGUCAAUGGUUAUUGUUGACAGAUGUAUGAUUGGAUCAGAUACUCCCACAACCGACUAUCCCGGUAAAAUUCCCAGUGGAUCAGACGUCCCAAGCGAUUGAUGCAGCAAACAGAGAUUUUUUGGCUUUAGAGGCUACAAUUCAUUGGGGAGCAUCAUGUUUCUGUAUCUCCCAACAUGAUUUCAAAAACAAUUGAGAUUUUGUCAAUCUAGAAGCAUGCACGCACCUAUCAAAACUAUAUACUAGUCUUGGCGUAAUAAAUUGUGCUGCCCACAAAUUGCCUGCCUUUCAAA